AUGAGCGCUUCACCAGAGAAUGCCUCCGUGGCCCGGUGCGAGUCACCCGAGGCUCUGCCCUCGCCGGCCGUUGGUGCUCCCGCUCACAAGUUCAUGCGCUGUGCCUCUGCCACCUCGGCCAUCUCCCACGGAUCAGGAACCACGGAACACUCGCGCGACUCCCUCGGAAGCGACGCCAGCUCGGCCUUUUCGCGCUCCUCGUCCGGCACCUUCCCCAUCACCACGCGCCGGUCCGACAUCAGUACGCUUGGCCACUUCUUUCUCCGAUCCCGCGAUAACUCGUGGAUACGGGAUUCUACCGGAAGCUUGGACUCGUUAACGGCUAACUCCUCCAUCUCGUCAGGAAGCAGCAGUAAGCGACGGGGCUACAUGCGCCCUCAAGGAACAGACUUUGCCCAGAGCGCCCGCCAGCGCGAAUCCGUCCUGAGUCUCGGAAGCAUCGCCCACCUGCAGUACUACUUCGCUCGGACGGGGCUGCUGGAUGGCAAGGGCGCCCAGUUUGCUCGGAAACGCCAGCGGGCGAAAACACUCGAAAUGUCCCAGCUCGAGGAUGGCGACUACACAAUACCUAGAGUCUUGAGCUUUGAGAACGAUUCGAGCUAUGCCUCCAUGGGCAGCAGUCCUAAAACCCCAGGGCUCGAGCACGAGAUCAGGUCGCCCACAGGGGACGAGCAUAACAUGGAAUUCCAGCCGCCACCGCCCGAGGAGGAGUACGGAUCGGAUUAUGAUGAGGAAACAGACCCGCAACAUAUGCUCCCGCCAACAGUCUCAACGUACAACCACCGCGAAAAGCCGAUCCCGAAACCUCCAUCGAUGGAGGAGCUCCGGUCCGACCUAACAAGUGCACUCAACGACGCCGAACGAUCUUUAAAAGAAGCCAAAGAAGCCACCGCGCCCGCCGACGAGUCUUCUUCACCGUCAGACCGAUUCGUCGUCCCACCUGCCAUACUCCUCUCCGACACAUCAAAACAGAACUCCUCCGACCAAGAACCCUCCACCCCCGUCACCCCCACGGUUCCCCUCAACCCAACCGGCUGGUACGAAAUCCAAGGGAUGCACAUCCUCGACGUCAUGACCCUCGCCAUUCGCGCCGCCAAGAUCUACUAUACUGCGCACGAGCGCCCAGAUCGAUUAGACGCCAUCAAGUCCGAGAGAGACAUACGCUCUCACCUCCUGGCAGUAAUGGAUAUCCUCAAGAGAAUGGCAACCCGCGGGUUCAUGGGCGGUAUGCGCGACGACGAGUUCCAGACUAUGAACCAAUGGAUCAAGUCCCUGCGCGACAUGCUCUCCAAAGAAGACGAGAUGGAAGCCGCCGAGCAGAAGGAGCGCGAGUCCUGGACCUGGCUAAAACCGGAGAACUGGCCGACGGAUGAGAAUGGGAAUCAGAUCGAGCGCGAGGAAGCGUUCAUUCACUCCAUGUUUGCUGAUCUACCCCUUCCGCCACCGCUGUCAAAUCUCCCGCCGUUGCCAAAGUGGACACCCAUCGACAGGAGUCAACCAAACCCGGAACCAACGCCGUUUUUGAGAGAGUUGAGUAACGGGAUAAGACUAGUGCAUCUGCACAACUGUGCCGUAAGGAAAAGUAGGAGGAGGUUCGGUGCUAUCCCCAGUUUCCACGCGGACACGCAAAAGCCAUAUCGGGCGGCGGAUAAUUUGAGGUACUGGAUGAAGGCUGCUGAGCUGAGGUGGGAGAUAAUGAUCAAGUGCGAUGCGCUGGGGUUGCAGUAUGCCAAGGACGGCAAGCUGGAAAAUAUGGAAGAGGCGGGGAGGAUGUGGGUGCAGUUUGAGGAGGCGGUGGUGAGGUGGUGUAGAGGGGUCAGGAGCGAGGUGGAGGGGGAGUUGAAGGGGGAUGUUAAGCCAUAG